AUGGCUGAGUCACUUCCAGUGGGAAGCAGAGGCAGCCUAUCUGGAGACUUGGGAGCGCUGCUGGAGUCCAGGGAGGCUGCUGACGUCACGCUGGAGGUAUCUGGGUCCAGGCUGUCGGCUCACAAGGCCAUCCUUGCAGCCCGUAGUCCCGUGUUCAGAGCCGAGCUGCGGGAUGUUACAACGGAUAGCGGCAGCCUCACCAUACGGAUCUCUGACAUGAAGGAGGAUGUCUUGAGGCAGGUGCUCUGCUUUAUGUACACAGACCAGGUGCCACGCCUCCGUGCUUACGUGGCUCAUCUCCUAGUGGCAGCAGACAGGUAUAACAUUCCACUCCUAAAAGAACUGUGUGAAGACACGUUGGCCAAAAACAUCACGACAGCCAACGCUUCAAUAAUAGCGGUCAUUGCGGUGAAGUGCUCUUGCGCCAAACUGAAGGAGGUCAUCAUCAACUUCAUAAGGGCUCACAAUGAAGUGUUGGCCACGAGUGGCUGGGAGGAUGCGAUCCUGAGGCACCCCAGAGCAGUAGCAGAGAUCUGUCGCCUCCUGGUAGCCAAACCGUCAAAAAAGGGGUAG